AGACUUAACUUGACUUGAUUCUGGACACAGGUAUCAAACAGUGAUCUGUGGUUCCGAGCUGAAAGCUGCUUCUUUUGUACAAAAGGGUAAAGCAUGUCCGAAAUGCUUGACAUCUUCACAAAGCAGAACUUACUGAACCUGGCCCUGGAUGAUGCCUUGGUCCCGACACAGUCUCAACUCAAAGUCCCAGGGCAGAGUCGGCUGAACCGGUCAGCCUCCUUCUUCUCUGCCCCCUCCCCCCCUCCUUCCUCAAGCCACAGCUUGAGCACCGAGCAUGUUAACAAUGACGACAACAGUAGCCCUUUUUGGCCAUCCAACAUCUGGAGCCAGGCCCCUGUCUCCAAACCAAAACAGCUGCCCUUCCGGCCCGACCGCUCCAUGAGCCUUACCGAGUCCAGCAGCACCCUGCUCUCCUCUUUCGGACAGCUCAAGAACCUGGAGGCCUUUCCCUCAAGCCCUGCUACUACUGUGGCUCCCCCACCAGGCUUCCCUCCCUCAUCCAACCUGCCAGCCCAGCUCCCACCUCUGCUGUCCUCUAACCGUUACAAGACUGAGCUGUGCCGUGGCUUCCAGGAGACUGGUAGCUGCAAGUAUGGCAAUAAGUGUCAGUUCGCUCAUGGUGAAGCAGAGCUACGUGGACUUUACCGCCACCCUAAGUACAAGACGGAGCCCUGCAGAACCUUCUACAACUUUGGGUACUGCCCGUAUGGCUCACGCUGCCACUUCAUCCAUGAGGAGAAAAUCAGCGGAGGUCCGUUACCAUCUGCCAAAUUCCAGAAUCAGCGACAGCCAACUCCCACAACAACCAGUGGUCAGAAUCCACGCCACCAGCUCCGCCAGAGCGUCAGCUUUGCCGGGUUCCUGGGUUCCUCACGCAGCUCACCUCCUCCGUCAUUCCCUUCAUCCUUUAAUGAUCCUAACCUGGGGUUCAGUCGUGCUCCCUCCGUUUCUCCACCUCCUGCAGAACUCCUCUCCCCAGUGUUUGGUGACUCCCAGCAAUGGGAGGCAGCAGCAUUCCAGUUUAACAGCCAUCAGACCCGUGCCAGCACCGGAGACAUCCACAACAUUCCUCUCAUCCUGGAGCCAAAGGCCUCACGCUGUGUGUGCGGCCAUGGAAAUAACCUUUCUGCUCUAAACAGCAACAACAGCAGAGUCUUCUCCAGCAUAGAUGACGGGCACCACCAGGACAGCAACACUCUGUGUGCAGGUCCAGGAGGAUUCAUCAAGCCUCCUGGACUCCAGCGUUUCUCCUCUGAGGACUCCCUGGAGGACAGCUACAGCAGCAGCAGUGGAGGUUCCAGUGGAACCGAGUCUCCAACGUUUGAUGGGUCAGCCACCAAGAGGCUCACCGUGUUUGAGCGUCUGUCCCUGUCUGACUAAGUGGAUCCAAAGGGAAAGAACAGAAGAGAAUGGACACACAUUGUCAACAUAACUAACAAUGUCUGUCUGUCUGGACUUUCUUCAGAACCACAACUGAUCAGGACAAGUCAACUUCUGAUGACACAAUAACACUUAAAGUUCUUAAUUUAUGUUUGUAACAGUGGAACUUUUCUUGGACAAACUACACAUACUGAGAUGAUUUUAGUACCCAAAUGUUAUCACUCUAUUUUUAUACUUAAAACAUUUUGUAGCCAAAUAGACCUUUGUAUGUGGUCUUCCAUAAGAAUUAACUCAUCUGCAGAUCUUGACAGUACCAGCAAUUAGUCUGCAUUAUAGUUACCGUAAAUCUGUAGUGAUCAAAAUGGCUUAUCGGUAGUGAUAAUCACUCAUUCCUGUGCCUUAAAUAUUCUCCCUGCCUCACAGGCUAUUCACUCUCAGUGCCAUGAACAGUAUGUUUGAUUCAGUAGCCUUCAUCAGUGAGCCUGACGUGUCACUGAUUCCAUUUUAUUUGUGAAAUGCACUUUACAGCUAAUUCAAACAGGAGAAACUGUCAAAGUCUCCUAGUAGCAUUCAACCAAAGCUUCAUACUUCACUCUGUUGUGUGUGUGUGUGUGUGUGUGUGUGUGUGUGUGUGCGUGCGUGCACGUGCAUGUGUGUAUACAUGCGUGAGUGAGUGUGUGUGUGUGUGUGUGUGUGUGUGUGUGUGUGUGUGUGCGCGCGUGUGUGAUUUUUCUAAGACCUGGGGGGCAAACAAAUAUAAGUUUCAGAAUGCUGAAAGAUCAAAGUGUGCUAAUAGAAAAAUAUGUCAUGGAGUUAAGAUCUGAAUAACUGACACACUUUAACAUUCUGUAAUCAUUGCUGGUUUGUAAAUUGCACCCCAUCUUUUAUUGUCCCCUGUUUGUUUGACAGCCUGGUUCAGGGAUUUUAACACCGCAGUAUUCCUUUUGGUUAUUGGUUGCCUUGCGUUGUUUAAAUUAAACUAAUAUAUUUAUUAUGAUAUUUAUUUGUGUUUUAAAGAAAAAAAAUGUAUUUUGUAUUUUAUUUAUGGGAAACGUCUGUGAAAUACCAAUGUGAGAAAAAGCAGAAAAAAAGAGAAUCUUAUAUUUUUAAUUGCCUGAAAGGGAGUAAAUAAAUUUCAGAAUAAAGAAAUGAAUGUA